UUCUAGGGGCUCCACCGUGGGCCAGUUUCCUUUUCUUCAACAGUAUCAUGUUUUCUAUCCCACAGAGGAAGAACUCUCUUAGCUUAUUCCUUCAUUUGGCUGGAUCAUCUCCUCCAUUGCUUUCUUAGACAGUAUGUUUGGGAGGAGCAGUGCAAGGGCAGGGGCCACCCAGCAGGAACAGUCGGGGUUCAUUUCGAGCUGAGGUAAGACAAGAAGAUCCAAAGCAAGUGCUGAAGAAGUACUUGGGCAAGUGGAAGGGCAGGCCAAGUCCUCACAGAAAAUUGAAAACUUGAUGGAUAUGGUGAAGAAGUUGCAGAAAGCGGGAAGCCUAGAGCCCAGGGUUGAGGUCCUGAUUAACCGGAUUAAUGAGGUGCAACAAGCAAAAAAGAAAGCCAGUGAGGAGCUGGGAGAGGCCCGGACUGUCUGGGAGACUCUGCAGAAGGAACUGGACUCACUGAGUGGAGAGAAAGUGCGCCUGAAAGAGAUCUUGAGUAAAAAGCAAGAGACCCUGAGGAUCCUCCGGCUCCACUGCCAGGAAAAGGAAAGUGAGGCACAGAGGAAGCAAACCCUGCUAGAGGAGUGCAAGGAGCGAAUCUGUGCCCUCAACUUCCAGAUUGAGGAAGAGAAGAGCAAACAGAGACAGUUGAGAUUGGAUUUCGAGGAACAGUUGGAGGAACUGAUGAGCCAGCACAAGGACCUCUGGGAAUUCCACAGUCCAGAGCAGCUGGCCCAGGAGAUUGGCGCCCUGGACAGCAGCAAUGAGCAAUUGCUCAAGGAAGAGAAGCUGGUAGAAGCCAAGCUGGAGGAUGUGAAGAAUCGUCUGAGCUCCCAGUUUGGUACCAAGGGCUGCUCUGCCAUCACUGAGGGGCUCUUCCUCCGCAGCAAGGAGGCAGCGGCUGCCGUCCAUCUGUUUGAGGAGGAGACCAGAAAGGCCCAGGAGCUCCUGGAGGACACUGCCCAGCGCCACGAGCAGCUGCAGGGGGAGUGCCAGCAGCUGCAGCAGAGGAGGCAGAGGCUGAAGGAGGAACUGGAAAAGCUCGGAGUGCAAGUCACUGCUCAAGCCCCGAGCAAACAAGAGGAUGGGGCCAGCCCAGAAGAAGCUGCUAAUCCAAAGCCCCUUGGAGUCAGUGAAGAGAAAGACCCAGAGCUGCCCACUGAGCAGGCCUGAUGCCCUCCUAGGCGAGGAGGUCCCCCCUGCCCUGGAGCAUAUGGCUGGGCUUCAGGAAAUAAAGGCAUUAUUUCUGUC